AUGGCCAAGCGGAAGUUUGUGUCGUCGAAGAAAAAUGCACCGAGUCGCACCAUUUCUAGCAAAGAGGCGGCGUUGCAUUGUCGAACUGGUAGCCGAGUUGGUGUCGAGUCUCAAUCCAGUAAUUCUGUAGCCUCAUCUGAUGUGGAAUCAUCCACACCGCUGUCGUCGGAAUACGAGCAAGAAGAUGAUGAUGAUUUGAACGUUAGUCAAAGCGUCACGCCGCAGCCAAUGGCGGUAGAGGUGAUGCCGGCUACUGUAGGAAGAGGAAAGCAGCUUCGAUUCCCGACUGCUCUCUCACGGGGUAAGGUACUUCCAGCUGAAGGAGGUGUCGCAUCUGAUGGUGACCACGACUCGGAUGAUGAAAGUUUGUUAUCAGUUGCGGACAGCGACGAUGACAAUCAAGACCGAGGGGAGACUGCAAUGGAGAUUGAGGAGGAACCUACUGUCGCAACGCCUCCUAUACAUAUUGAAUCUUUGUCAAUGACUAAUGAUGUGAAGAGUUUUAACAAGGACGCACCAACUUACCCGAUUAAAGCGGUUCGGGCGCGGAAGCGACAUCGUCCAGACUCGGAGUACUACAAGCAAAUGUCAACGUACGUACGAGACUGCUUGCUUAGUGUACGACACGGAAGUAAUAGUGAUACACUAGUAGACGCAUUUAAAGAUGACUCAUCGUCGCGGCACGAUGAGUUUCGACGGAGACUUACCGCAGGAGAAGUAGAACGCGUGACAUGGAAGGAACCUCCUUCUGUGGAAUCGGGUGGUACUUUAUCCCAUGAUGCUUCCUCCAGUAAAACAACUAAGUCAAGCAAGUCCAGCAAGUCAAGCAAAAUGAGCAAGUCAAGCAGGUUAAGCGAGCAAAGUAAUUCCAGCAAGCCGAGCAAAGCCAGCAGCAAAAGCAAGACGCUUGCAUCGGACUCAAGAGAUGCCUUCACAGAUAAGUCGAUUCCUCUUUUGUCAAAUGGGUCCGCCAAUCAUCUUACACCACCGACACAACCUACAGCUCCAGUUGCACCAAGUGCACCGGCAAUGUGUGAAAUUUGUAAAAAGAAGCUGAGUGGUGAAACAUCAAAAGAGGACGAGGAGAAGCAGGAGCGGUCACUGAAAAUGGAAAAGGAUGUAAAGGCAGAAGAGGUGAAGCAGCCACUUAUAGAGGUGAAGCAGCCACUCGAAGAGGUGAAGCUGCCACUCGAAGAGGUGAAGCUGCCACUCGAAGAGGUGAAGAAGGAACCUUUAUCACAAGCUCUUACCCCUUUCGUUGGACAUUUCACAAUCACAUUCUCACCCGGAAGUGAUGCACAAAAUUUGCGACUUGAGUCGGCGAAACUUAUGAACGAGGCACGAAAACUAAAGCACGAGGGAAACCGCCGUGGAUCAAGCGAACGUGGCAGUGGAGGACAUGUCACUCAGGGCAAAUACUAUUUGCGCUCAGGUGCCAAGUUUUUCGAGUAUGCACUUAAACUGCAGGAAGUUAAGAUGGCGUACCAGGAAAAGGGUGAUGUUCAACACGCGCGCACGUUCGGUGAAAACUGCGUCACGACGCUUUCACAAACGUCUUCGCUAAUUGAGAGCACCAUCCGCGCUUUUCAAAGUGCUGGCAGCAUGCGGCUAGCUGCAUUAGGCUGCAAGAUGGCCGCCGUAGUACACCUGACCGUUUACCGGUUGCAGCACCGCAAGUUGCAGUCAUUUUACUCGGAGUUGUUUACACCUGGACGUUCACCUGAGUCACGGGAGAACGGUCUUACUCCACCGAUCGACCCAACUUGCAACCUGAACGGCAAUAGCAGUAAAGAUGCGGCAAUGUGCAAGCAUCUGCUGAAGGAGAUGGAGCAUACGUUGCGCGGUUUUGAAAUGUGGCGGCGCUACGAGUCCUACAAGGUGAGCGUGCUACCGCGGGUGACAAAUCCCGUGAUCAUCGACCCAGCUGUGUUCUUUGAGGACUUUGAAGCAGAGUUUAAUCUGUCUUAG